UCGCUGCAGGAGGGGUUUGGGAAAAAUAAAGAGCCUAAUAGUCCCGCUGUUCACUGUGCGUUCAUGUGGAGUCAAGUAACAAGGCAGAGUGAAACAGAAAAGGUUUCCCGAUAGACUGGCAACGCAUAACUACAGUCAUGCCCACAGUGCAGUCAAGAGCUGUUCUCCAAAUGGACGUGUUUGCAGUUCCAGGCGACAGGCAUAAAGGAUGGUACCUUUAUUUAAUGGCUCCAAACACAAAAGGACCAGAGUUCGCCUGGCUGGACCCGUCCAGACUUUACUGCAACUCCCAGGCUCUUGCAGACUGUGCCAAAGACCUUCUCAGUCCUUUCCAAAGUGACAACAUUGACUUGGUUGUUGGCAUAGAUGCAAUGGGAUUCAUUCUUGGUAAGAAAGCAAAGAACUUCACGCUUAGAGGGGCUUCUGUUGCCACCGCUCUUGGAAAAGGUUUCCUGGCUGUUCGCAAGGCAGGUCACCUAUGUGUCGCCACCCACGGCCAAAACUACACCGACUACACAGGCAGGGAAAAGACUAUGGAAGUAAGACUGGAUGUGCUAAGACCAGGUUUGAGGGUGUUGUUAGUGGACCAGUGGAUAGAGACUGGAGGCACAAUGAAGGCUGCCAUUCAGCUGGUAGAGAAACUGGGAGCCUCAGUUGUAGGCGUCGCCGCUGUGGCCAUCGAGAACACCGAAGGAGGAAGGUGGAUUAAGGAAAACUACAAAUUCUCUCACUGCAUACCCGAAGAGCUGCAGAGCCAAAUUGAUGGAAAAUACCUCGACUCCUUCAAAAGCUUCAACAACUGAACAAGUUAACG